AUGAGCCAUCAACCCCAAGAUCAAGAGUUGGCUCAGUCUCAACGACUACCCUACACGGGCUCAUGCCAUUGCGGGGCGAUUCGCUACAUUGUCUUUCUAACUCUCCCUCCCGCAUCGCUUCUCAACUCAGAGCCGCCGCCAUCUCGAGGAGUCCAGCGCAUCUAUAGGUGCAACUGCACUGUUUGUCAUAAAUCGGGCUUCCUCCAUGUCCGCCCUGCCUCUGCGUUUGACGAUUUCCUCUUGUUAUCGCCACUUGACCCACUCGAGAGUCUCGGUGACUAUUUGUGCAACGACGAGGAGCUACACUUCCUCUACUGUAAGACGUGUGCGGUACGGUGUUUCAUCUUUCACGGCGAGGGGGAAGUUGUCGAUGUUAGUUUGCCAGAAACAGCUGCGUUAGUUGGUGCUAAAUCUGGCUCUGAGACGGGCAUUGUCUCUGUCAAGGCCUGGAGACCCAAAGAGGUCGAGCUCAGUGCUACUAAUCCUCACCAAGGCUCGUAUCUCAGUGUUAACGGACACACGAUCGAUGCAGGUCAGGAGGGAGUUGAUCUACGAGAGUGGGUGGAAACAAAGGCAGUCAUGUAUCUGGAUCUGCUCCCAAACGAAGGGGGAAUGCCACGACGUUGUGAGAGACCGCAUGUCGGCGGUUCAUAUUAA